UUGUGAGGGAGGCAGUUAAGGCCUCUUCAAAGUUAAGGCUUUAUUUGGUUCCUUGGUCAUUAUUGCUAACCAUCAAGUUUAUCUCAGGGGGAUUUUAACUGGCUAUUUUGAGAGUCUUCUCCACUUUUUUGUUGAUGGACUUAUAUUCUAAGUCAUUCUGACUACUGAUACUGAAGUCACUCACUGGGCCUGGAAACUUGUGCAAAUUUGAGAGAUUCCAUAGCCAAGAAACCAAUGGGGAUCAUCACUCUAUGAAGCAGCCAUGCAGCAGGUACUGGAUAACCUUACUGAUCUGCCGACGUCGACAGGCGCUGAAGAAAUAGACCUAAUUUUUCUCAAAGGAAUCAUGGAAAACCCCAUUGUAAGAUCUCUUGCUAAGGCUCACGAGAGACUAGAAGAUUCUAAACUUGAGGCUGUCAGUGACAACAACCUGGAGCUGGUGAAUGAAAUUCUUGAAGACAUCAGUCCCUUAAUAAAUAAAGAUGAAAAUAUUGCGGAGUUGGUUGGAAUACUCAAGGAACCUCAUUUUCAGUCACUCUUGGAAGCGCAUGAUAUUGUGGCUUCAAAAUGUUAUGAUUCCCCUCCUUCUAGUCCAGAAGUCAAUAAUUCUUCAGUGAACAAUCAGAUUGUUCCAGUAGAUGCUAUUCGUAUUCUUGGAAUUCACAAAAGAGCAGGAGAACCUCUGGGUGUUACAUUUCGAGUUGAGAACAAUGAUCUGGUUAUAGCAAGAAUUCUCCAUGGUGGAAUGAUAGAUCGACAAGGUCUUCUGCAUGUAGGUGACAUUAUUAAAGAGGUGAACGGCCACGAGGUUGGAAACAAUCCAAAAGAAUUGCAGGAACUGCUGAAAAAUAUUAGUGGCAGUGUCACUCUGAAGAUUCUCCCCAGUUACAGAGACACGGUUAUUCCUCAACAGGUUUUUGUGAAAUGUCAUUUUGAUUAUAAUCCAUAUAACGACAACCUCAUCCCAUGCAAAGAAGCAGGGUUGAAAUUUUCUAAAGGAGAAAUUCUUCAGAUUGUAAACCGGGAAGAUCCAAAUUGGUGGCAGGCUAGCCAUGUCAAAGAAGGAGGAAGUGCAGGACUCAUUCCUAGCCAGUUCCUGGAAGAGAAGAGGAAGGCUUUUGUGAGAAGGGACUGGGACAACUCAGGGCCUUUCUGCGGAACAAUAAGCAGCAAGAAAAAGAAAAAGAUGAUGUAUCUUACUACAAGAAAUGCAGAAUUUGAUCGUCACGAAAUCCAGAUCUAUGAAGAAGUAGCCAAAAUGCCUCCUUUUCAGAGGAAAACACUGGUCUUAAUUGGGGCCCAAGGAGUGGGACGAAGAAGUUUGAAGAAUAGGUUUAUAGUACUGAAUCCUACUAGGUUUGGAACUACAGUGCCAUUUACUUCACGAAAGCCAAGGGAUGAUGAAAAGGAUGGACAGGCAUACAGAUUUGUGUCACGAGCUGAAAUGGAGAUGGAUAUUAAAGCUGGCAGAUACUUAGAGCAUGGAGAAUAUGAAGGAAAUCUUUAUGGCACUAAAAUUGAUUCUAUCCUUGAAGUUGUUCAGACAGGAAGGACCUGCAUUUUGGAUGUGAAUCCACAGGCCCUGAAAAUACUGAGGACUUCGGAAUUCAUGCCCUAUGUAGUGUUCAUUGCUGCUCCAGAGUUGGAGACUUUGCGUGCUAUGCACAAGGCAGUGGUAGAUGCUGGAAUUACAACCAAACUUCUCACUGACACUGAUCUGAAGAAAACAGUGGAUGAAAGUGCCCGGAUCCAGAGGGCGUACAACCACUACUUCGAUCUGACCAUUGUAAAUGACAACCUAGACAAAGCCUUUGAGAAGCUGCAGACUGCUAUAGAGAAACUGAGGCUGGAACCACAGUGGGUCCCGAUUAGCUGGGUGUACUGAGAUUGCUGAAGAUGAGCUUAAGUAACAAAUAAAAUCAACUGCAGGAAACAAACUAAUGUGACAAGAUGUGGUGUAGAUAGCGAUGAUAACUGCGGCGCCUGCGCAUUUUUACUCUGUGUAUAUUCAGAAGUACACUAUUCUGACUUUUUAUAAUAAUGCUGAAGGGAAAGUGUACUUAAAUAUGUAAUUUAUUUUAAUUUUUCUAACUUUUUACAGAUAACCUUUCUAUUCAUAUCACAUGAAGGAAAUGCGUUUAAGCAUUUUAUACGUUUUGAUUUAGUACCUUUGCCUUUUUCAUCUGAGAACCUUUCAGUCCUUCACUUUAACAUU